AUGUCUGAGACCAGUUCCUUACUCCCCGAGUCCGAAGGGCGUCGGACGCUACGAGACCGCAUUGUCGAUGCUUUCCAUUCCCCUCAAAAUGGACUUGGGAUUUCGACAAACCCGAAUAAUACUGCCCAGCGCUCGACACAAAGCAGAACCGUCGCGGGAAACUCGAGCGGUCCGGACGUGAGAACUAGGCUCCUGCAAUCCUAUCACAGCGCAUAUCCCGCAUGUGGUGAACGGCGCUGCAGCCAUGGGACCUUUUCUCCGCGAUUAGAAGAUGGGCGGCAAUACUACAUCGGGGAAUCGGGAGAUGGCUUUGGAUAUAAUGGACAUGGAGGGACUGGUGGCGCGGCCAGUGGCCCUAGAGGGAUCGAUGACCACCCGGAGUCAUGCCAAGGGUCAGAGACUCCAUCCCAGAUGAAGUCUUCUCUUACCACGCUCUCAAUGAAUGAUACAAAAAAACAAUACAUAUCAUAUUACAUUCCUCUUUUCAAUUGGGUUGGACAGUACCAUUGGUCCCUCCUUCGAGGGGAUCUCAUGGCCGCGUUGACUGUGGCGUCUAUCUAUAUCCCGAUGGCCCUUUCUCUAGCAUCCAACCUUGCCCAUGCGCCACCCAUCAGCGGUUUGUACUCGUUUGUGAUUCAUCCUAUGGUUUAUGCCAUACUAGGCAGCUGUCCCCUCUUGAUAGUUGGACCAGAGGCUGCCGGAUCCCUUCUCACAGGUGCCAUUGUCAAAGCAAGUGUCUUGCAAGGAAAUGCAGGCGAGGACGAUCCUGCUGCAAAUGCUAUGGUCGUAGGAGUUGCUACGGCCAUGUCCGGCAGCAUGAUCCUGGUUGCUGGUUUGACCCGUCUAGGAUUCUUAGACAAUGUGCUCAGUCGACCGUUUCUAAGAGGAUUCAUCACUGCCAUUGGCUUUGUCAUUUUUGUAGACCAGCUUAUCCCCGAAUUGGGUCUCGCGCAACUGGCCAAAGAGUCCAGUAUCAGCCACGGUACCAGUGUUGAAAAAUUGAUUUUCAUCGCUCGACAUGCUGGACAGGCCCAUGGACUUACUGCCAUUGUCUCGAUUGUUAGCUUUUCUAUUAUCAUGAUAUUUCGUACUUUGAAAAAGUGGCUCGUCCCACGCUAUCCCCAAGUGAUAUAUUUCCCUGACCGCUUCCUCGUCGUCGCCCUGUCAGCAGUCCUGGCUUGGCACCUUGACUGGGAGUCCAAAGGACUUCAACUUCUUGGGAAAACAGAGAUCGGCUCUGGGAAACUUUUCGCCUUCAAUUGGCCUUUCCAGUUUGCUCACAUGAAACAUGUACGGACAGCAAUGAGCAAAGCCUUCAUCAUCGCACUUCUUGGUUUCUUCGAGUCGUCGGUUGCAGCCAAAGGAUUGGGCGAAGGCAGCUCCGAUGGAAUCCAGGGCAUGCAUAUGAGUGCCAAUCGCGAGAUGGUUGCACUGGGUGUGGCCAAUGUCAUUGGUGGCUGUUUCCAAGCCCUCCCUGCGUUUGGCGGAUACGGACGAAGCAAACUCAGCUCUCAGACAGGAGCUCGCUCGCCUAUGACUAGCGUCUUUGUGAGCAUUAUCACCUUUGUCUGCAUCAUGGUGCUAUUGCCGUAUCUUUCCUACCUUCCGAAAGCCGUCCUCUGCUCCAUGAUCUCCGUGGUAGCAUAUUCUCUAGUAGAAGAAUGUCCCUCAGACCUAAUGUUCUUCUUCCGCCUCCGCGGCUGGACAGAGAUAGUCUUAAUGCUCCUGAUCUUCACCGCAACAAUCUUCUACUCUCUCGAACUAGGUAUGGCCCUGGGGAUCGGCCUCUCAGUGUUAAUCCUCAUCCGACACGCAACCCAACCACGCAUCCAGAUUCUAGGCAAAGUGUCUGGCAUACCAACACGCUUCGACAACGCCGAACUACACCCAGAAAAUGUGGAACUAGUCGAAGGCGCCCUAAUCGUCAAAGUCCCGGAACCCCUCACAUUCGCCAACACAGGCGAUCUCAAGAACCGUCUGCGCCGGCUGGAACUCUACGGUUCUAGUCGUGCUCAUCCUUCUCUGCCACGGAUGCGCGCACCGGAACAUAAUAAGAAUAUUAUUUUCGACGUCCACGGCGUGACGAGUAUCGACGGGUCUGGUACCCAGGUUCUCUCGGAGAUUGUGCAUGCAUAUGCAGAGCAGCAUGUUAGGGUUUUCUUCUGCCGUUUGCCGAAUAGCAAUGUGUUCAGCAUGUUUGAGCGCAGUGGUAUUGUUGAGCAGUGUGGUGGUUUGAGCCAUUUCGUGCCUAGUGUCGAUGAGGCGUUGCAGUUGGCGGAGACUGAGGAUCAGACGCAGGAGAUAUAG